AUGGAGGAAUACGGGCAUAAUCAACCUUACGGCGGCGGAUUAAGGUUACCCAUGAACAGUUUUGUAAUCCAAACGGCCGACCAUCAUCAUCAUCAGUUGAUGAUCUCUAAUAAUCAUCAUGCGUCGCCGGAGCUCGCGGUGGUGAAGGCCGAAAGGGGCAGUUCUGAUCAUCAGUCGCCGACGUCAGCUGGACACAGGAUGAAUUUUCACUACUCUCCGAUUCUUCAACAGCAGCAACAGCAGUUAGGAAUAGGAAGAUCAGUUGAAACGAUUCCUGUAAUUGAGAAUAAUAUUGAUGCUAUUAAAGCCAAGAUCACUUCUCAUCCUCAAUACGCCAAUCUCUUGGAAGCUUACAUAGAUUGUCAAAGGGUGGGGGCUCCGCCGGAAGUGGUGGCGAGGCUGGAGGCGGCGAGGCAUGAGUUUGAGACUAGACAGCAGUCUGCUCCAAUAGGGUGUAGAUCAGAUUCUCCCAAAUUCCCAGAGCUUGAUCAGUUUAUGGAGGCUUAUUAUGAUAUGCUGGUGAAGUAUCGAGAAGAAUUAAGGAGGCCAUUGGAGGAGGCAAUGGAGUUCAUGAGAAGAAUAGAAAAUCAACUCAAUUUUGGUGUUCUUGGUUUAGGGUUUAUCAGUUUUUACAAAUUAAUUGGACCUACAAUUAAAGACGAGAAAUGGGAAGGUGCCGGUUCAUCGGAAGACGAGCAAGGAAACAGCGGAGGGGAGGCGGAGCUUCCGGAGAUUGAUCCGAGGGCAGAGGAUAGAGAGCUUAAGAAUCACCUUCUAAGAAAGUAUAGUGGUUACUUAGGUAGUCUCAAGCAAGAACUCUCCAAGAAGAAGAAGAAAGGAAAGUUGCCAAAAGAAGCCAGGCAAAAGCUUCUUAGCUGGUGGGAUUUGCAUUAUAGAUGGCCAUAUCCUUCGGAAAGCGAAAAGGUGGCAUUAGCCGAAAACACUGGCUUGGAUCAAAAACAAAUCAACAAUUGGUUCAUAAACCAAAGGAAAAGACAUUGGAAACCGGCUGAGGACAUGCAUCUCAUGGCCAUGGAUGGCCUCCACCCGCAAAGCGCCACCCUCUAUAUGGAUGGCCAUCAUCACUACAUGGCCGAUGAGGGUUAUCGUUUGGGCCCGUGA